UUGUCCGCACCAACAAAGCCACAUCACAAGCUUGUUGAGGACCAGGGACUAUGCCAGCUUCCCUGAUCAUAGAUGGUAUCCUUGAACAUGCUGCAAAAGAAGUCAUGAUGCAUCCAAUUCUUUUUAAAGAGAUAAAUUUGUAUGAAGAAGGCCAGACAGACUUAGAGGGUAUUACCCUAAAACAUUGCACCAUCAGAGAUUUGUGGCAGAGACUUAAACAAAUUGCUGAAGUCACUGAGAGGAUAAAACAAACAGAUCAAUUCAAUCAGAACAACAAAUGGCGUAAGCGAGGUAUCACCAUGUGUGCUGUUAAAUUCAGAAUUCUUUACUACCCUCCAGGCCAUGAGGCCAACGUUUCUGUGUUUGCUGAUGAUGGGACGGUCACUGUGAUGACCUCAGGAACAGAAAUGGGGCAAGGACUUUAUACAAAGGUCUCCCAAGCUGUUGCCAGGACACUGAAAGUCCCACUGAAUUACGUCAAAGUACGACCUCUGCAAAACAACACCAUACCCAACCCAAGCUUCACUGGAGCAAGCUUUGCCAGCGAAACAUGUGUCUCUGCAGCCAUCAAUGCUUGCAGAGAACUGAAUGAGAGACUUGAGCCAAUGAGGGCUAAGAUGCCAGAUUCUGAUUGGCCAACUUUACUCAAAAUGUGUCAUUUUAAUAACAUUGAUCUGGCAACUCGAGCUAAAUCUGACAAGAGAGAUGAUAUUUUUCAAUACCACACCUACUGUGCUGGUGUUGUUGAGACUGAGGUUGAUGUCCUAACAGGGGAAUACCAGGCCAAGAGAGUUGACAUAAUGGCUGAUUUUGGGGAGAGUAUCAACCCAACUGUUGACAUUGGUCAAGUAGAGGGAGCUUUUGUCAUGGGCCUUGGUGCAUAUUUGUCAGAGGACCUUCAUUUUGACAAGAAAACUGGCCAGGUCCUUAAUGAUGGCACAUGGGAAUACAAACCUCCCACAACAAAAGACAUCCCCAUAGACUGGAGGAUCCACUUCAUGCCUGACACACCCAACCCUGUUGGAGUCCUCAGUUCUAAAGCUGCGGGAGAACCUCCCAUUAGUCUGGCUGUUGGAGCUCUUCUUUCUAUCAAGAGUGGAGUGGAGGCAGUCAGAGAAGAGUUGACUGGUGAAAGAUCUUUUAUCCCUGUUGAGGCCCCAUACACAGUGGAGAAGGUCCAGCUUAGCUCUGGUAUCAACUUGGAACAUUUGCGACUCUAGCUGGAAAUUUCAUUUUCACAUCAAAUCUUGGAUUUCAAGGAAUUAGUAGAAAAACUGAGACAAAAUUUUCUUUUGUUAAGAUUACAGUUCAUUACAGCUUUCAUAUAAUCUCACUCAUAGUAUUUAUAUUGUUGUUUUUACUUUCAAACUGCAUCUUUUUGAUGGUUAGCCUAUAAAAACCAUAUAUUUUAUUUCCCAUAAUUUUA